ACACGCCACCAGUGCUGUCAAAACUGGAGCACUGCAUCAUGUAGGGAUUCUAGGUUGCCCGAAGAGAGCUGCUUCUCACAGUUCACAGCAUCGAACGAGUGCGCCUGCCUGGAGAGGCGUGACUGUGACCCGGUUAGACGUCAAAACAAGCAAAGCUGUCUCAGUCGCUUCGCAUUUUUUGGGGAAGACUGAGCCUCCCAGAGGAAGCCGCAAUGUCUGACUGCAGAAGGCAGUGGAACCGGGAGGAUGAGCUCCCGGUCUACCUGGCCGGACCGAUCACCACCGGGCCGAACCAGAGGAAGAGCUUCGGGAUGUUCAGCUCCGUGGAGGGCGCGUUUGAUAGCAAGACCAUAGACUUCGAUAACUACGCGGUGGGAAGGAAAGGGAGCCGCACCCCGAGGAGUGGGAGCCGGGAGAGGCUUUUGGACACCGGGGAUCCCAUCGGUAAGACGCCCAGCGAGCCCCGGGAGGGGUCACUGACCAACUCACCCGGGGAUAGAGAGGACGCACGUACCGGUGUGGAGGUCAGAUUCUCAACGGAGAAGGAAAGCCCAGACGGGAAGAAUGAAAGGCUGCUGGUCAAAGGAGGACGAGUGGUCAACGAUGACCAGUCUUUCUAUGCAGACGUCUACAUCGAGGAUGGGCUCAUCAAGCAGGUGGGGGAGAAUCUGGUCGUCCCAGGGGUGAAGGUGAUCGAGGCCAAUGGCCGCAUGGUAAUACCAGGGGGCAUAGAUGUCAACACCUGUCUGAUGAAGCCCUUCCUGGGCACGCAGCCUGUUGAUGAUUUCCUGCAGGGCACCAAGGCUGCCAUCGCUGGAGGCACCACCAUGAUCAUCGACCACGUCACCCCGCAGCCAGAGGAAAGUCUGCUGGAGGCGUUUGAACGCUGGCAGGAGGCUGCAGAUAAAAAGGCCUGCUGCGAUUACUCUCUGCACGUCGACAUCCCCCAGUGGAACGAGACUGUCAAAUAUGAGCUGGAGCUGCUCGUGCAGGAGAAAGGUGUCAACUCCUUUCAAGUGUACAUGGCUUAUAAGGAUGUGUACCAGAUGACAGAUUCUCAGCUGUAUGAGGCUUUCUCCUUCCUGAAGCAGCUGGGUGCUGUGGUGUUAGUUCAUGCUGAAAAUGGAGACCUGAUUGCUCAGGAACAAAGAAAAAUCCUCGGAAUGGGGAUUACCGGCCCUGAAGGCCAUCCUCUGAGUCGUCCUGAAGAGCUGGAGGCCGAGGCGGUGUUCCGUGCCAUCACCCUCGGUAAUCGUGUGAACUGUCCAGUCUACAUCACAAAGGUGAUGAGCAAGAGUGCAGCUGACACGAUCACUCAGGCUCGGAGGAAAGGCUCGGUAGUUUUUGGGGAGCCAAUUACAGCUAGCCUGGCGACUGACGGUUCUCACUAUUGGAGCAAAAACUGGGCCAAGGCGGCUGCUUUUGUGACAUCUCCACCUCUGAGUCCUGAUCCCACAACUCCAGACCAUCUUCACACUCUGCUGGCCUGCGGUGAUCUCCAGGUGGUGGGCAGUUCUCACUGUGCGUACAGCACUUCCCAGAAAGCAGUUGGUAAAGAUGACUUCACCUUGAUCCCGGAGGGAACCAAUGGAGUGGAGGAGAGAAUGGGCUUCGUCUGGACAAGGCUGUGGCCAUGGGGGAAGAUGGAUGAGAACCAGUUUGUGGCAGUCACGUCUACCAAUGCUGCUAAAAUCUUCAAUCUCUACCCGCGUAAGGGCCGGAUAGCCGUGGGCUCUGAUGCUGACAUCGUCAUCUGGGACCCAGACAGCGUCAAAACCAUCACUGCCAAACUGCAGCAGUCGGCUUCAGAAUAUAACAUCUUCGAGGGUCUGGAGUGUCGUGGAGCUCCAGCGAUGGUGUUGAGUCAGGGUCGGCUAGUUUAUGAAGACGGCAACCUGCAGGCUCAGCAGGGAACUGGUCGAUUUAUUCCGCGCAAGCCCUUCCCUGACUAUGCUUACCAGCGUGUAAAGUUCAGGAAUCAGGUAAAGAACAAACAGGGUGUUACUCGUGGGAUAUAUGACGGCCCUGUGUAUGACGUUAUUCCUACACCUAAAUACAUCACUCCUGCGCCGUCCGCCAAAACUUCUCCCACCUCUCACCAGCCGCCACCGAUACGCAACCUUCACCAGUCCAACUUCAGCCUUUCAGGUGCACAGAUUGAUGACAACGUCCCACGUCGCUCUGGCCACCGCAUUGUAGCACCCCGUGGUCGCUCCAACAUCACCAGCCUUGGCUGAACGCUCCUGUGCACUAAGUGUGGCUGGUGUGGGGUUUCUGAUCUUGAGUGUGUGCGAGUGUAUGUGUAUGACUGACAGUGUGAGCACACUAGCGCGAAUGAAGACCUUUGUAUUUUUUGGUACAAUGGUGACACACUCUUUUUAGACCAUUAUGAUUUUUAUCAGUUUGGCACGGUCACUCAGAAUAAGGCACAUUGAUACUUCCAGUACAAACAUGAGUGUGAUUUACAAUCAAGCAAGUGAUUAAAACCUAUGGAAAACUUACUCACACACAAACACACACAUACACACACACAGAUCCGAUGUUGGACCCCCUCCAAGCAUUCAAACGUGACCCCUGUGUUAUUUCAUGAUGUUGUAUUUUCCUUCCCUGAUGAGCAUGACUUCCCACUUCUUCUUCUUCUUCUUCACCUCCCACGUCUUACUCUUUAGGUCUGCUCAGACCCGGUGCUCCUUUCCACACCAACUGUGGACAGAUGAAGAAAUAACAGAUUUUUUUUGGCAUCUGGUUUCGACAUCUCAGCAAUAUUUGUUUCAGUGUGGCUCAAGUGGAUCGAUUAUACAUAUUGCAUGGAGACGUCUUUAGAUGUUGCACUACUUGUGGUUUAUCGUUGCCGUGGAGGAACACUUAAAAUCGUACUCGAAGCACAUUCGUAUUCAGCAGCACAAACAUCCUUAUAUUGGUAAAUGUAUGCUUUGAAAACUUCAUGACAUUCACUGUGGAUAGUUGUCAGGUCCAGACACAAUCAGUCAUUUUAACAUUACUGUGAACUUCAAUGAAAGCAAUGCAAAUUGCACUCCACCAACCGAUACUAUAUGCAAAUGUGUCAAUACUCUCAAAUAUAAAGUGUGAAAGUAGAUAAGCGGUUGAAGUGAAUACAAAAACAACUGCAGAAUUAAGUUCUAGAUUGAUGUAUUUACAUAAUAGAGUUUCACAGUAAAGGCUUCACAAUGUGCGUCAUAGUUUUCUGCCAACGCUCUCACCAGAUGUAGAUCUUUGUUGUAUUGGAUUUGCUGAGCUCACUGGGUGUAAAAGGGCUUCAGCUCCCAGGGUCACUCUUCACCUCGCUGACAAUCUUUUAAGCUGUUUUAUUCAUUUGUUUAAUUCUGGAAUGAUUCUGGGUGUUUUUUUUUUCAUUUUGGUACAUUUAGUGUUUCUACGCUGCUCUGUUUCUGUUGCUGUUGUCUGGUGUCUCCAAUGGAACCACUAAUGAAUAAUAAAGACUUGACUGUUGGCAAAAAUGA